GUCAACCCCUCUUGGCACACAUCUGCGACUUGGUGUGACAGCACGCUCAGCCACUCGCGAGGACCACAAUUUGCUCUCAGCGAAGAAGGCAUUCCGGAUAGAGAUGGCCCCGUAACUGAAACGGUUCUUCCUCGAGCAACUCUCCUCCACCAGUCCGAAUCUGUCACUAGUGCUGCUACUGCACGGUCAAUGAUGGCAAUCCAGCUUCUUCUCAGCAAGACGAGAUCCCCGCUAUCCUUGCGAUGGUGUGGUUCUCGUGCCUUGCUUGACCCGCUGCGCACGGGAUAACCCUGCCGACAGCAGCAGCGGACGCUUUCCUCCCCUACACCUAGUCAACAUCUCUAGUGUGUCAACAUCACGGGCAGUCGACAAACCCCCCGCACGACUGGUUUGAGAACAUGGCACCUUUCUACUACACUGGAGAACUUCACUGAGACUAGUCAGGACCCGAGCGCAAAUCCCCGCGGGCCGCCGCAACGUUGACAUGAAUAAGCUUGUCUACGAGCCAUGUUCACCUUGUCCGUGUGCUUUCCCAAGGGUACUGCCUUGGCGAUCGCCUCCGAACUCCCGCUAUGCAGGCCAUACAUGAGUCCGGAUCGUCUCGACUCUGAGUCUAAUUUUGGACCUGCAGGCUUAUUGAAGCCUGUCACAGCGCCGUUUCUAUCACCUGUCCUCAAGCGAGAGACUUUCGAGCGUGGCAUCGUACUCUUCUGUGGCGAGCUGCCCUCUCCUCGCUCGCACACCUCAACCUUGCCCCCUGAGCCUAGAUCUUACACUCGGUCCAACUGGGUCGGUCAUUCUGGAACUCACGAUUCUUUUGUUCAGCGCACUCCUCAAACAGGCCCCUGCACUUGACUUAGUAGUGUCUGGUUGUGUCUGGGUCGGAUAACCAUCACGGUGGUGAUUGUCCGGAGAAGAGCAGAUUCAACCGACUAAGCCUAGUGGAGCAUCACGCACCCACACCUCGUCGGCGAACGACUUUAUAUCUAAACCGAGACUUUCGUCUCUUCUCUGUCGGUCCGGAUCUUCUGCUCCCCAACCUACUCGUUCGCCUCCUUCUCUUCUUUUCAUCUCAUUCUUUUUCUCUUUAUAGUCUACUGCGUGGACUUCCUUUCCUUUUCCUUUUCUGUUAGGCUUGACGCCACAGAAGUUUCCACUUUACGACAAUUACCUAGUCUCUAUGUUUGUUUAGCAAACCGCGUCUCGAUGACUUUCACUCUCUCAUGGCGCCAAGCCGCCGUGGCAGCGUUGUUGUUCAACGCGGCGGUAACGGCCAACUACGAUACUCGACGAAAUAAUGAAGCCUCGGAAGAUACAAAGCGGGCUUUGAAUGUUGCCUCCGUAAAGGCUCGAGGCCUGAAUGUCAGAAACUUUGUACAGAAGUUGGACGUCGAUAGUGUAUUGUCUGCUCUUGGCAGUAAUAACAAGGCACAGGGCGAUGGGACUCCGGAAAUAGCUCCUCUUGCUGCUGAUGGGGCUGUUCCUGCUGCCCCUCAAGCCCAACCGGCAGCACCACCGGCACCGGCUGCGGGAGAGGCUCCUCCUCCUCCUCCCCCGGCAAAUGGAGCAGCACCUCCUCCUCCUCCUCCGGUGAACGGUGCACCUCCUCCGCCUCCCGAUCCAAACGCUGCUCCUCCUCCUCCGCCGCCUAACGGUGCUCCUCCACCACCGCCUGACCCAAACGCGGCUCCCCCGCCUCCGCCCCCCGCGAAUGGCGCUCCUCCACCUCCUCCUCCGGCUAACGGUGCUCCCCCGCCACCAUCACCUAACGGAGCACCGCCGCCGCCGCCUCCCGAUCCAAAUGCCGCUCCCCCAGACCCGAACGCACCUCCUCCACCACCUCCUGAUGGAGCGCCGCCGCCGCCGCCUGAUCCAAAUGCAGAGCCACCACCACCUCCUCCAGAGGGAGGACCGGCUCCUGACCCGAAUGCCCCUCCCCCGCCACCUCCUGAUGGAGGUCCAGCUCCCGAUCCCAAUGCUCCUCCACCACCACCUCCAGACGGCGAGGCACCUCCCCCUCCUCCUGAUGAUGGGCCUUCACCACCACCUCCCGAUGGAGGACCGGCUCCCGACCCUAACGCUCCUCCUCCACCACCGCCUGAUGCCGAGGGAGCUCCACCACCGCCGCCAGAGGCUGCUCCCGCUGUAGCUGGUGAGCCUCUUGCGCCAUUGGCCGUAGGGGCUCCUCCUCAACCUGCUGCAGCUCAACCUCCUCCUCCUCCCGCUCUCGCGGGAAAUGGAACUGACCCUGCAGGCAAGAAAGGAAAGAAGGGCAAGGGCAAGGAUGACGCCGGCAAGAAAGCAAGGGACGAUGCAAAGAAGGCAAGAGACGAAGCCAAGAAGAAGGCUGAGGGACAGCUAGCAGGUGCUGCUGGCCCCGGCCAGGCGGCCGCCAACGGAACAGCACCUGCGCCUCCGGGCAAGAAGGGAAAGAAAGGCAAGGAUGCCAAGGGCAAGGACGCAAAGAAGCUGAAGGAUGGAAAGGGCAAGGGGGCGAUUCCCGGCGCCGCAGGUAAUGGCACCGAAGCCGUUGGACCAGAUGGAAAAGCCAAGAAGGCCAAGAAGGACAAGAAGGCUAAAGGCAAAGCCGCACUUCUUCCAGGAGCGGCCGUGAACGGCACGGCGCCAGCAGGUCCAGAUGGCAAAGCCAAGGGCAAAGGCAAAGACGAUGACCCCGAGGCGAAGAAGAAGGCCAAGGACAACGGUCCCGAGGGUGCCGCUGGGCCCGCCGAGGAAGCUGCGGGUGGACCUGAAGGCAAAGGCAAAGGAAAAGGUGACGACCCCGAGGCUAAGAAGGCAAAGGAAGCGGCUGCUGGGGGAGAGGGAGCAGCAGCCGCAGGGAAAUCGGCUGGAGCAGCAUUUGAAAGACGUCGACGAGCGAGCUUCGUGAAGCGGCGAAACCUCAUGUCCAAUUUUGGCUGGUGAUCUGAGAUCAAAUUCUUGUGCUGCUAGCCCAUCGUACUCUCACUCACUCAUGGGUAUCAAUGGGCGACAUUCUGCAUACAAUGUUUUCAUUACACUAUCUCACUCGUUUCUAUACAUUCAAA